CCAGCAGUACAAUAAUAGAGGCGAGAAAAAUUGGUAUGUUUUUCACAAAUAAGGGUUUCCAAAUGAAGCACUUUAAGCAGCAAAUAAUUGUAGCAAUUUAUUCCAAACGAACGAGAUUUUUCUUCGCUUUGAACAACGUGGGUCGUUCAUGCUUUGUUUCCACACACAUUUACUGAUCCACAAGACAUAUCCUUUUUCGUAUCAGAACACGCUUUUGAAAGUAUAUUCGCGAGAACGCGUAAAAACACGCAAAACAUUACAUUCCUAGAACGCUUUAUUGCCAUUCCCACGCAACAGCGCCCACCGGCCCCACUGGCCACGUAGACAACUUUCAAUAUUGACUCUAUUGUUUUGAUUAGAACAAGAAAUUCUUUCAAGUGUUUUGCUUAGAAACCAUAACAAAAUCUAUUACACAGAAUGCAGUCUGUAAGUAAAAUCUGUUGUAUAGGGGCCGGCUAUGUUGGCGGACCAACCUGUGCCGUGAUUGCCCUAAAAUGCCCUGAAAUAUGUGUAACUGUUGUCGAUCUAAGCCAGCCAAGAAUAGAUGCUUGGAAUUCCGACAACUUACCAAUAUAUGAGCCUGGACUGCAAGAAAUUGUCGAAAAAUGUCGUGGAAAGAAUCUAUUUUAUUCCACCGAUAUUGACAAGGCGAUUAUCGAAGCUGAUUUGAUAUUUAUCUGUGUCAACACCCCCACAAAAACGUUUGGGUUAGGAAAGGGAAGAGCACCUGACUUGAAAUACAUUGAAUCAGCAGCUCGUCAUAUUUCAAAAGUAGCAAAAACCCACAAGAUUAUUGUUGAAAAAAGUACAGUGCCUGUUAGAGCUGCUGAAAGCAUAUCAACUAUUUUGAAAGCAAACAAGCAAUCAGGGAUACUCUAUGAGGUCUUGUCAAAUCCUGAGUUUAUGGCUGAGGGUACAGCUGUCAAUGAUUUGCUCAAUCCAGACCGGGUUUUAAUAGGUGGAGAUCAGACUAGAGGAGGUCCAGUGGCCAUAGAUACGUUGGCAUGGAUUUAUGAACACUGGCUUCCAGCUGAUAAAAUCAUUAAAACUAAUACAUGGUCGUCCGAGUUGUCAAAACUGGCAGCAAAUGCUUUUCUAGCCCAAAGGAUCUCCAGCAUCAAUGCAUUGAGUGCUGUGUGUGAGGCAACGGGUGCUGAUGUCUCGGAAGUCUCCAAAGCCAUUGGCAGAGACUCGAGAAUUGGAAAUAAGUUUUUACAAGCUUCAGUUGGAUUUGGUGGUAGUUGUUUCCAAAAAGAUGUCCUCAACCUAGUGUACUUAUGUGAAGCACUCAAUCUACCUGAAGUUGCAGCAUAUUGGCAUCAAGUUAUUAAAAUGAAUGAAUAUCAAAGAAGACGUUUUGCAAAUAAGAUCAUUAAUGCACUGUUCAAUACAGUCACAGAUAAAAAGAUUGGAAUACUUGGAUUUUCUUUUAAGAAAAAUACUGGUGAUACAAGGGAAUCUGCAAGUAUAUAUAUUUGCAAAUAUCUGUUAGAAGAAGGUGCUAGACUAACCAUUUAUGAUCCUAAAGUUGAAAAGGAACAAGUUUAUCUAGAACUAUGUCAUCCAAGUGUAUCUGCAGACCCUGAAAAAGUGAAGAAGCUGGUAACAGUUGAAAAUGAUGCAUAUGUAGCUUUGGAGAAUGCCCAUGCACUUGUUGUUUGCACAGAAUGGGAUGAAUUUAAGGCUCUGGACUACAGACGGAUAUAUGCCAGUAUGUUAAAACCAGCAUUUGCAUUUGAUGGUAGAAUGAUUCUAGACCAUGAUAAUCUUGUUGAUAUUGGCUUUCAAGUUGAAACUAUUGGCAAAAUUGUAAAUAACUCUCUAUGCACCCUGACUCCACCUCUCCCUCCCAGUAUUCAGUACUGAGUAUAUACCUAUAUC